GCGGAGCUGAGCUCCGGGCAGCAGGAGGGAGGGAUGGCGCCCCGGCACACGCUCCCCAGCUGGACAUUGUUCCUGGCUGUUUGUGCUGUUGGAAUUGGAGGCACCUUUCAGUAUGGGUACAAUGUCUCUAUUAUCAAUGCACCCACUCAGCAUAUACACAAGUUCCUAAAUGAGACCUGGAGCAGUCGUUAUCACAAGGAGCUAAAUGCAGAUUUGCUGACUUUUCUUUGGUCUGUCAUUGCUUCCAUCUUUUCCCUCGGAGGCCUGUGUGGAGCCCUGAUUGGAGGCAGCAUGGCCAUACGCCUGGGCAGGAAAGGAGCUCUUUUGAUGAAUAAUGUUAUAGCAAUACUAGCCUCCAUUUUAAUGGGGAUCAGUUUUCCUACAGGAUUGUUUGAGUUACUGAUUGCUGGAAGGUUUUUGAUUGGCAUAAAUUCAGGUGUUGGGCUCUGUGUGCAGCCUCUUUAUAUUGGGGAGUUUGCCCCAAAGCACCUCAGAGGUGGUUUGGCCAUGGGGACUUCCAUCUUUCUGACUGGGGGAAUUCUGACAGGACAAAUAAUUGGUUUGAGAGAAUUAUUGGGUGGAGAAAAGCAUUGGCCUCUGUUGCUAUCCAGCAGUUGUAUUCCAGCAUUAGCCCAACUGUUAUUCCUUCCAUGGUUUCCUGAAAGUCCCAGAUAUCUUCUUAUUGACAGAGGUGAUGAGCUGAGCUGUGCCAAAGCUUUGAAGCGAUUUCAUGGUUCCUCAGAGUACCGCAGGGAGCUGGAGGACAUCCAGCGGGAAUGCUUUGCCUUGGAGGGGGAGAAGCCCAGGAAGCCCUGGCAGUUGUUCACUGACCCUGCUGUGAGAUGGCAGCUCAUCACUGUCAUCGUGAUGACCAUGGGCCAGCAGCUCAGUGGCAUUAAUGCUAUUUAUUUCUACGCAACUUACGUUUUUGAACAAGCUGGGAUUGUGGCAGAAAAAAUCCCGUAUGUGACACUUGGCACUGGAGUUUGUGAGUGUCUCACAGCCCUCUCCUGUGGUUUGCUGAUAGACUAUGUGGGAAGAAGAUGCCUUAUCAUUGGGGGUUAUCUCCUCAUGACUCUCUGGUGCACUGUUCUGACCUUCUCUCUGACUUACCAGGAGCUGUACUCCUGGGUGCCUUACAUGAGCAUGAUGUGUGUGUUUGCCUUCAUCUUGAGCUUUGGGCUGGGCCCAGGUGGCAUAACAAACACCCUGACAGCUGAGUUAUUUGUGCAGUCCUCACGUCCUGCUGCCUACAUGAUUGCAGGCACUGUGAGCUGGAUUAGCUUCUUCACAGUUGGGAUGCUCUUCCCCUUCAUAGUGAAUGGACUGAAGCAGUAUUGUUUUGUGGUGUUCUUACUGGAGUGCUUCUUUGUUGCUGCCUUCAUCUUCCUCAUAAUUCCUGAGACAAAAAACAAAUCUUUUCUGGAAAUCAAAAAGGAAUUUAACAAGCUUAAUUUUGGAAGAAAUGCCAGGAAAAAGGAAACGGAGCUUUAUGAAAGAAGACAACUCCAAGAUGAAUUUUUAAAGGUUUCAGCAUAAUUUCACAAAUGCAACAGAAAUUCAGUGAGAAUUAUGAACCUUGUAAUACAUGAUCAAUGGCUUAUUAAAUCUUCCUGUGUAUUUAGAGGAAGUGUAACUAAAGGCAAGUUACCACUGCUGUUAAAACAUGUAUUGCUGAAAUACCAUUGACAACUUAUUGUAUUAUCCACAGAAAACUUGAUCUUUAGCUGUAACCUGGUGCUGUAGGGAUGCAGAAAUGCCAGGGAGGAUGUUCAGUGAGCCCCUCUGGCAGAUUUCUGCAGAGAAUUCAGCAACUCUUCUUGCAUUUCAAAGCCCUGUGUUCAGCUUGGGUCAUUGGGCACAUCCAAAUGCUUUGCUGAGUGUAAUAUUCUGAGUUCUUGUUAAAACCCAUACAAGAACUGAUAGCUGAUAUUUGAAAUAUUCCAGUUUAUGUAGAAAUAGUGGCAUUUAGUUUGUUUUUCCAGUUAUGUAACUUUGAAAGCCUUAAAGACAUUCCUCAUCCAGUCCUACUACUGUACUGUGCAAUGAAAGUACAGCAUUCUGAUUACUGGUAUUUGUAAUAAAAACUUUUUUCCUGAUAAAA